AUGUCGAGCUCAAGCGCGUCGACACCUGCGCGGAAGCUCUCCUAUGCACAUCUGCUUCCGCCUUCGUGGACGUCGACGAUCACGCAUUGGCUGGCAGAAGACUGCUCGUCGUUCGACUGGGGCGGCUACGUAGUCGGCGAGGAGAUCAAGACGGCGCACCUGUACUGCAAGUCGGCAGGUGUGCUGGCGGGCGUGCCGUUCUUCGAGGAGGUCUUCCGGCAGAUUGGGGAUUGCGAGGUGCAGUGGCACUACGCUGAGGGCGCAGUGCUCGGCGCGAUCUCCCCGAGUGCAAACUCCACCACCAACACCACUGAAAGCAAACUCAAGCUCAAAGUCGCUACCGUGCGCGGCCCAGCUCGCAAACUGCUGCUCGGCGAGCGCGUGGCAUUGAACACUCUCGCCCGCUGUUCGGGCAUCGCGACAGCGUCGCACUCCUUUCUGCAAACCGCGCGCUCCGCCGGCUACUGCGGCAUCGUCGCGGGGACACGCAAGACGACACCGGGCUUCCGACUGGUGGAAAAGUACGGGAUGCUUGUCGGCGGCGUUGACGCGCACCGUUACGACCUGAGCUCGAUGGUCAUGCUGAAGGACAACCACAUCUGGUCGUCUGGCAACAUCGCGCGCGCCGUACAGCAGGCGCGCAGCGUCGCAGGGUUCAGUCUGCGAAUUGACGUUGAAGUGCAGAAUGAGAGCGAGGCGGUAGAGGCCAUCGAGGCCGGCGCGGACGUCAUCAUGCUCGACAACCUCAGUGGCGACGAGCUCGGCGCGUGUGCGGAGAGGCUCAAGGCCAAGUACGGGGAGGCGGGGAAUGCGGCGGAGAGUGGACGGAGGCGAUUCCUGUUAGAGAGUAGCGGCGGUAUCGACAUUGACAACGUUCAGAGUGGCGGGCAUCUUGUGAAUGCGAUCGACAUUAUCAGCACUAGCUCAAUUCACCAAUCGACCAAGCACGUUGAUUUCUCGCUCAAGCUUGACCCGUCAAGUUAG